AUGAUCCAUUUGGAAAUCUACGAUAAAGACCGUCGAGCAAUAGUGGGAACAUGUGGCCACUCAAUUUGUCUCACUUGCUCAAUAUCCGAUGAAAAUCGAGACUGUCCAAUUUGCACAAAACCCAAUGCAUUUAUCCAUAGAACCGUUAACUAUGAAGCAAUGACUCAGAUGGAGUAUUAUAGGACAAAUGCGUUCACAACGUUCAGAAAGUGGUGGGAGACAUUGGCAACCGGAGUCGGCGUAUGCUCCACGUGUGCUUCCAUUGAGAACUUGAGAAUUUGCCUGACUUGUCAGAAGGCUCAGAAUCUCAAGGACCAAAAUCUCUCAAAAGAUGUCAUGUGUCCUCCAUGUGCUGAUAAUAUGAUGAGACGAACAGCAGGAGAUGGAUAUGUUCAUCAGUGUGAUUCAACACCAGUUUUGCAAUUGAUAAGGAACCCCUCACAUUGUUAUAAAUGCGGAGAGGACACUGACGAUCCUCGAAUCUGUGAGAAGUGCUUCCAUGUUAGGACAAUGAAUGUCAAUGUAGACACUUUUUCGGUUUGUGCGGAUUGUAUUCUGGAGCAUCAUGGUGGACACCAAACCACCAAGGCCGUGGAAGAGUAUGGUAUUAGACAUUGUACAGUGGAUAUCAUUAAUAAGCUGUUGUUAAUCAAAUUGGAUUGCUUGACGGAUAAAAAAUGCAAGUUAAGAAAGAUGCGGUUAGAUCUGAUAGGCAGGGAUGCUAUUUAUUGGGCAAGCCUUCAUUAUCCAUUGUAUACCGAAGAGAAUUGUCCAGAACCCAAGCUUAUCGGACGGCCUAUUAUCAAGGAAAAGGUGAUCGAACGCAUAAUUGAUUGCCUAGAAGACCAAUAUAACCAACUAGAGGAGCUGAAAGAGAUUUGUGGUUGUGUGGAAGUUUAUAGAGAUGUGGAAAGGCUGAAUUUAUUUGAUUGGCAUGAAUGUUGUCCACAUUUAAGAGCUAUGACUAUGAAACCGGACACUGAUGUAAAAAUUGAUAGGUGUCCGUUUGACUUGGAGUCUAGCCAAGAGUGGAGGAGACAACUUUUGGAAAUUAUUGAACGGAAUGAAGUGGCCACCGAACCGUUGGAAAGUAUUUAUGUGAUGCGGGAGGCGAAUUAA